AUGGACACAAUCAUUACCAACUUGCCGCCCAACGUGGGAGCCAUCCUCAUCGAGAAUAUCUCCAUCAUUCAAAUUAUAUCCAUGUUUUCCAUCGGUGCCUACAACGCCCUGGAGACGGGAAUUGCCGUGUUCGACUCGUUCAAACACUACCGCGGGCUGUAUUUCUGGAGCAUGCAGGUAGCAUCAUGGGGCAUACUGGUCCAUACGAUCCCAGCUAUGAUACGAUUUCUAUCUCAGUCAUCCAACCUAGCCAUGUCAAUUCCAUUCAUUUUGGGGUGGUAUGCCAUGGUGACUGGACAGGCCGUGGUACUCUAUUCCCGCCUGAAUGUGCUCGCGACUGACCCCAUGAAGCUCCGCUGGGUGCUGUGGAUGAUUGUUAUAAAUUUUUUCGUACUGCAUAUUCCGAUGACGGUACUCUUUUACGGUCUGAAUAGUGGUCAAAGCGUGUUCGCUCGACCGGCAGCUAUCUAUGAUCGGAUCCAGGUGACCGGAUUCUGUAUGCAGGAAUUCGUUCUCUCCGGGGUCUAUGUUCAUCAAGCGCUGGAACAAAGGAGCAUCAAGCGAGACCUACAUCGCCAAGACGACCGGAAAAUCAUUCGUCAUUUACUUUGGAUUAAUAUUCUUGUUGUCCUGAUGAAUAUACUGCUGCUCGUGGCCGAGUACAAGCUUCAUUACAUCGAAGUCAGCCUCAAAACCGUGGUUUAUAGUAUUAAGUUGAAGCUGGAAUUCACGGUCUUGAAUCGCCUGAGAAAGCUGGGAUUUACAUCACCUCCUCCUCUGGCUCAUCAGAUACCCGAAUACGCCCGACAAGAGAGCGGCGUCAAUCUGGUGGGACGAUCACGCCUCCACUCACGCCAAGAAUCCAACUCCGAAUCAGUGCAUACGGAGUGUGGGAUCAAGGUGCCACCUCGUGUCUCGCAGCGACCUAGUAUUCAUGCCAAUCAUGAGGCCAAGUGCGAUGCUCAAUCUGACGAUACGAGAGUCCGGGGUGCGAUCCCGUCUUCAAAUCAGUUGACGGCUCCCUCAGCCUGCUCCUCAGAUCAGUUAACCACGUCCUUGUCUACUCUGGAGUUGAAUCUUUCAAACUUUACGUCAAAAUUUGACGUGUAG